AUGCAAUUCUCCCAGCUUCUCGUCUCUAUCAUGGCUCUUGGGACCGUUGCAAUCGCGAUUCCGAUCGAGGUUGAGACAGUUGUCAAUUCCAACCGUAAGUUCAAUUUCCUGAAUCUCCCGCGCCAAUGGAUUCCGAUAGGAAGAGGGCCUCUCAUAUUGGAUUUCUCUAAAAUUGUAGAUCUAGUUCUUCCUCGUACCUCCACCCAGACUUCUCCUAAAAAGGUCGAGAAUUGUGGAAGAAUAGACCGUGACAGCUUCAACGCCUGCUGCGGCAUCGGCCGACCAGCCGCAGGAUUUAGUACGCCAGGAUGCAACUGGUAUAGACCGAAUGAUUUCUGCUGCAAGAAGGGACACCCAAUGAAUUAG